AUGCGACUAAACGAUGCAUUCCAUCCGCAGCGGAAAGAGGGCAUCCAAUGCCAAGCCGGGGUGGAGGCAGAGCUUGUUAAUGAGUUUAUCGCAUAUAAGCAGUGGACAAGGACGUUUCUCCAUGACUGGCUUAGCUUGCUCUCGUGUAAAACACCAUUAUACUGCUUGCCAGCUCAAUGGGAAGAAUGGUUACAGUCUGAGAUGGGUUUUCAACUCGGGGCCCUUCGAGACAAUAUCAAUGACGCCCAAUCAUCAAAAGAAAAUCUUCUGAACACUGAUUUAAGUAACGGUCGACUGCCGGUAUUCACUGCACUACCUCCACAGCAAGAGGCUGUUGAAGUCCUAAGCACGUUGUUCACAUACACUAAAGAUGUAUUUCCCCUAUUCCACCCUGAUACUUUCACAGAUCUUUUGCAUAGCAGCUAUGAACGAAGGCGACCCGGGGAUCCAUCAUGGUGGGCUGGCCUAAACAUAGCAUUGGCAAUUGGCUAUCGCUACCGAUCCCUGCACCAAAAUGACCAGAGUGGUGCUAGAGCGAAGUCGAAUGUAUACUACAAAAAUGCACUUGCCGCUGUGCCGGAGCUUCUAUUACGCAGACCUGACUUGAUGGCUGUUCAAGCACUCCUAGGCAUUGUUUUUCUUUCAUGCAAUGGGUUUGACACCCCAAUGUAUCAGAAUAUAUUAUCUAUCGCAAUUCGCUCAUGCGCUGAAUUUGGAAUUCAUGAUACUUGCGUGAUCCCCCCGUCUUCAUGCACAAAACAAGAGCAACCAAUGUUGAUUUUGUCUCUUGGUUAUACAAUGGAUGAGCUAUACCGUCCGUGGCAAGGCCUGCCACCCAGCAAUGCCCCAGCCUAUCUCGGCGCGGACAGCCCCCAUCCAGACUGGGUAUAUGAGUCUAUCGCUCAGAUCUCCGGUCUUUCUGACAUAGAUACUUUUACUUGGUUUCGCCGCCUAUCAAUCGUCCGACAUAAGAUAUGUUCGUCUCUCUACAGGGCAAAGGCCUCGCAGAUGUCCCCCCAUGGACAAUCUUCAAUCGUACAGGCCUUGCAACUAGAAUUAACAAGUUUUCAACGAGCCUUACCUGUUGACCCUGCCCAUGCAAUAGAAUUCGUGAACAAACUACCGGGCAAUCUGAAGUCUCCUACCGUGUCACUCCUAUGUGCGUAUCACAAUACCGUUAUUUUACUGCAUCAGACGCAAAUAUUCUUCCGGGCCCCGAAGACCCCAACUCGGCCCCGAGCUACGGAGUUCUCUCACACGGCAUGUGUAGGCGCUGCCCGCCACACUGCGCUUCUAUUGAAGGCCCUUCCUCCCAGAUGGUGGCCGUUUGGGAUCCGACUUGUAGCCCUAUACAUCUUUUCUGCGUUCAACAUUUUGUUCGCUAGUGUGCUCGACAACCCUAACAGUACUGCAGCUCAAAGCGAUCUCGAGUUAAUGGAAGCAAUGAUCUCUCGCCUUUCUACAUGUGCAACCGGGGAUGAACUGUCACGAAGCCCGAGUUUGGCUGAGUUUACCUUCUUUCUUCAAACGUCGCGAGAAUGUCUUGGGUUGGCGUAUUCUAUGGUUCACAAAGCGCAAUCGUGA